AUGGCGCAAAGCCGUGGGAUUCUUGGGCUCCCUGAUGUGGUGUUGGGCAGAAUCUGCUCGCAGUUCUGCCCCCACUGUGCUGGGGAGGACUGCCUGGGUGGCUUCAAGCUGCCCGACAGUUUCGAGGGGCCGGAGUACUUCGGUACUCUGGCUUCACUGAACUGGGUCAAUUUGCGCAUCGGUCGGCUGGCCCAGGCCACCCGACUCCACGUCUUCUGCAGCCGCCGGGACUCCCUCCCCCUCCUUGUCCGCACCCUCCUCGACCGCCCCCAGCUCGGGGAAAACAUCCGUGUCAUCCGCCUGGGAAAUCGCGACAAAGACAGCCACCGCCAGUGUGUCCUGCAGGAGUUGGGCACCCCCCAAGCCGCCGACACGCUGAAAGAACUGACCGGGCUCGCGGAGAUGGCCAAGCUCGACUUCUUGAGCACUCGUCGCUCUCCCUCCAUGCUCGCCCCUUUCGAACAACUGCCUCGAAUCGAGGACUCUUUCUUUUCCUUGGGCGACUUUUACGGUAGCUCCCAGUUCUGGAUGUCUGGCGACGCCCCUGUCGCCAUUCCACGCAUCGCCAACUCCCGCCUAAAUGCUUUCCUGCUCUUGAAGUUGGCAAAGAAGGCUAAAGCUGUCGCCAUUCUCGGCGAGUGGCCCCUCGCCGUCUUCCCCGAGUUGCGUCAUCCGGCCCCAGAGACCGUUGCCGGUGACACCAUCCAGGCCAACCACCCCGACAGCUUACUGCCCGAAGUCGAGACCCUACGACUCGACAGCAGCAACGAGAACCCCCACCGCCGGUCAGGAAUGUGCGUCGUCGAUAUGAACAAAAUUGUUGGCGUCCUCUCUCAUGCUUCCAAUGCCCGCAAUCUUGAGAUCCGCGGCGGCAACCAUCUCAUGUCCGGGCAGAAGGCUAGAGACAUCUGUCGGCCUUCCCUCAAGAACAUCACGGCCCUCCACCUAGAUGCCAGUAGCGGCAGCGCCAUAACCAGCAUAUUGUUGUGCUGCAAUCCCGAGAACCUCAAGCACUUUCGGUUCACCAUACCUCAUGUUUACUACGCCAACAUCCCCGGUCGGACAGCCUUCACGACCGUUCCCUCCUUCUCGGCCUUCACCGCCCUUCGCGGCCUCACCAUUAGCGCCGAUAACAUUUACUACCCCUCGGUAUUCCCUCGCGUACUCCUCCGCGACGGAAACACUAGCGACGGGAGCACUGACGACGGGAACGAUGACGACGAAAACCCCGGCGAUCAAACCACCAGUGAUGAAAAUACUGGCACCGGACACUCCACCGGCGGAAAUCCCGCUGCUGGAAACGCCAACAAGGAAGAAACCGCCCACAAACCUCGCUUCCUUCGGCUCAUCAAUUUCCUCCCCCGUGGCAUCGAGACCUUCGAGGUUGUGGGCAUUUACGCCAUCCACCUACAAGAGGUCAUGAACAUCCCGCUCGAGUGCCGCCCCGACGGCAAGCUCCCCAACCUAAAGAGAGUUAUUCUUCGUGGCCUGCCCGAUGGUGCGGGCGUUCUGGGGUCCGUCACCAAAUGCGAGUACCCGGUGCCGUUGGAGUACGGAGAGGAUAUCUUCGAUGACUGGUACCACGUGAUGCGGCAUUCCCAUGAUUUUGCCCCAUACCGCAGGGAGGAGGUAGCAGCUUGCUAUGCGGAGGCGGGAGUGGAGUAUGCGUUUGACAUGCCCGAGUACUUCAUCCAUGAAUACAUCGGAGAGUGGGAAUCAGUACUCCAUUUAGGAUGUUCUAGGACAUUGGGAAGGAAGACCUGCGCACCACUCGGUUACAUUGUUUGGGUGGAUCGGCAUGAUUGCCGCCACCAUGCAUCCCUGCGUUGCUUUGGUUUUUCGCCAUCUGGGUCGUCGCUGGGAAGCUAUUUUAUUUUUCGCGAGAGCCCCGGGUCAUUAUCGACGGCGUUGAUGUGA